CCAAGCCAAAACCAGAUCCACUUUACUCGACUGUAAACUGAAAAGCACCAGCACAAGCAGAGAACAAAAAAAGCGCCAAAACCCUCCAUUUCCACCACCCCCAAAGCCUCCGCCAUGAAAAUCAAAUCACUGAAACUAAGGGAAGCCCACAAGGGAAGUGCCAAUGCCUCAUUCUGCUCCAUCUUGUGGGACCUCAAUGCCCACCAUUUGGUGACUGCUUCGUCAUCUGAACCCUCUAUUUCUAUUCACGAUCCUCUUCUCCCUUCCAAUCCGCCGCGGGUUCUUCGCCACCACCGCGAUGGGGUCACCGCCUUGGCUCUCAGCCCCAACUCUACUUGUCUUUCCUCUGGAUCUAUUGAUCAUUCCGUUAAGCUUUAUAAAUUCCCUGGUGGAGAGUUUGAGACUAAUAUCACCAGGUUCACACUGCCAAUUCGUGCACUUGCCUUUAACAAAUCAGGGAGCAUGCUGGCAGCUGCUGGUGAUGAUGAGGGCAUUAAACUUAUUAAUACAAUUGAUGGUUCAAUUGCUAGGGUUCUUAAAGGGCAUAGAGGACCUGUCACAGGCUUAGCUUUUGAUCCAAAUGGAGAGUACUUGGCAUCAAUUGAUUCCAUUGGAACUGUCAUAUAUUGGGAACUCCAGUCUGGAAGAACAUUAUAUACCCUCAAAGGUGUAGCUCCUGACACUGGCUCAGAUACUUCGAUUUUAAAUGUUCUUAGCUGGAGUCCUGAUGGUGAGACCUUAGCUGUCCCUGGUUUAAAAAAUGACAUAGUGAUGUAUGAUAGGGACACGGCAGAAAAGCUGUUUACCUUGAGAGGUGAUCAUACACAGCCUAUAUGUUUCAUGUCUUGGUCACCUAAUGGGAAGUACAUGGCUACUUCUAGUUUGGAUAAGCAAAUUUUGAUCUGGGAUGUUAACCGGAAGCAGGAUAUUGACAGGCAGAAAUUUGACGACAGAAUAUGUUGUAUGGCAUGGAAGCCUAUUGGAAAUGCACUGGCUGUCAUUGAUGUCAUGGGAAAGUAUGGAGUGUGGGAAUCAGUUGUUCCUUCCUCAAUGAAGUCUCCUACAGAAGACAUUCCUAGCUCUCGAUCAAAGAACAGUAACGGGCUGCUCUUUUUUGAUGAGGAGGAUGAGGAGGAUCAGGAGCUUAGCAUGUCAGGUAGUUUAAGUGAUCUUGGUGAGGAUAGCCAUGGUGAGUCUGAACCUCCUAGCAGAAAAAGAUUGCGGAAACAGUCUGUAAUUGAUGAUGAUCAGCAUGAAGAUGUUUAUAAUGAGUUAAACUUGUGUACAAAAACUGAAUACCGGAAAAAAGUGCAUCGUAUUAACAAGGAAAGUUCAGAUAAAGAAAGAGAUGGAUCAAGAAGCAUGAUGACAUUUAGGCCAAAAAUGCAGGAGGCUUUUCAGCCAGGUUCUACUCCACCACAGCCUGGAAAAAGGAAUUUCUUGUGCUACAAUAUGCUUGGAAGUAUAACUACAAUUAAACACGAUGAAUAUUCCCAUAUAGAGAUAGAUUUUCAUGAUACUAGCACAGGUCCACGAGUUCCACCAAUGACUGAUUAUUAUGGUUUCACAAUGGCUUCACUCAAUGAAAAUGGAAGUGUUUUUGCAAAUCCAUGCAAGGGCGAGAAGAACAUGAGUACCCUCAUGUAUCGACCAUUUAGCAGCUGGGCAAAUAACAGUGAGUGGUACAUGCGAUUUGAAGGUGAAGAAGUAAAAGCAGUUGCACUUGGUGGCACUUGGGUAGCUGCAGUGACAAGUCUUAAUUUUCUUCGCAUCUACACUGAUGGUGGUUUGCAGAAACAUAUUCUCUCACUUAAUGGGCCCGUGGUGACUGCAGCAGGCUUCAAAGAUGAGCUAGCAAUUGUUACCCAUAUUUCUGAUUGUCUUCCAUCUAAUGAGCAGAUGCUGGAGUUUAGAAUAUUCAACAUAUCUAAAGGGACCCAACCCUUCAAAGGUCAUCUUCCGCUAACUCCUGGUUCAUACCUAACAUGGUUUGGGUUUACUGAAGAAGGCCAGUUAAGCUCUUAUGAUUCUAAGGGUGUGCUACGGGUUUUUACAAGCCAAUAUGGUGGCAAUUGGCUUCCUCUUUUCAGUGCAAGCAAAGAGAGGAAGUCUGGUGAAAACUAUUGGGUGGUUGGGUUGAAUGUGAGCAAGUUGUUCUGUAUUGUUUGUAAAAAUCCAGAUUCUUUCCCACAGGUGCUCCCUAAACCGGUUCUUACUCUGCUAAACCUGUCCUUUCCUCUUGCAUCCUCUGAUCUCGGAGAAGAAGCCCUUGAAAAUGAGUUUAUGCUGAACAACCUGCAUCUCUCACAGAUUCAAAAAAGAAUAGAAGUGAUGGCUGAUGAAGGCUUGGACACCACUCCUCUUGAUGAUGAGGCUUUUGACAUAGAGGCAGCGCAAGAUAGAUGCAUCUUCAGGCUCAUUGCAUCUUGCUGCAAUGGUGACAAACUUGUUAGAGCUACUGAACUUGUGAAGCUUUUAUCAGUUGAAAAAUCAGUUAGAGGCGCCAUACAGCUUGCCACUGCUCUGAAGCUUCCUAUUUUGGCAGAACGAUUCAACAAUAUACUCGAGGAAAGAUUGCAAAGUAAAACUGAGGUUUUAAAAACCUCUCUCCCCAGAUCAAAGCAUGACCGUAACGUUAAAGCAGAUGUUGCUGCCAGCAUGGCCUUAACUGCAACUGAAAGAAGUGAGAUUUCAGAACCAACUUUUUCAUCAUCUUCAGCUAAACUCUCAGCCCCACUUCUUAUAAAGAAAGUAAAAUCUUCGGAUAGAGUUAAAUUUGGAAAGCCAAAAACAGAUGGUGAUCAAACUGCAUGUUUAGAGGACAGCAGGGAGGUGAACGACGCAGGGAAGAAUGCUGGCCCUAGCCAGGUGAAGAACUUACAAACUCAACGCCCUUCUAAUCCAUUUUUGAAGUUGCCGAAUAAUCAGGAAGAAAAGAAGGUUGAGGAGGUGAUGUCUGAAUCACAGUCACAGGGUCCAUCCAAUCCCUUUUUCAAGUCUUCAAACAAGGUCAGGGAAGCAACAGGGAUACAGCAAUCUCACCGUCCUUCUAAUCCAUUUUUGAAGUCGACAGCCAAGUGAAGUUCUGUUAGUUCCACAAGAAACAUGGGCCAAUUCAGGCAAAAGAGAAAGGGGAAACAGGCAUCAUCAGGCACAACCUAGGAGUAUUUAUGUGUCAGAAUGUAGGGAAGAAAUGCCUACUCUACAAACGCAAACUACAUUACUUUGUUGGUAGGCCAAAAAAGAAAAAAAAAAGGGUUGGCUUCUAGUCUCUGUAAUUAAGAAGUGCAUUUCAGAAGCAGCAGCCUAUUUGUUUCUUCAAGCAGUAACCAUUAUAAUAAUCACAGUAUGUUGUUUUUCAUUAAUCACAAAAGCAAGAAAUGUCAUUGUCUUAGUUUACAGUAAAAUCCUUGAAAUCCAAGUGACCAUCAAAGCAAACAAGCUAGCUUGGAUUGUACUUACUUUA